AUGGCUGCCGAAGACGUCCAGCCCUUCUCCGAAGAGAAGCAGGAUAGCCAAGCCGCGCAGCAAGAGGCGGCGCAGCAAGAAGCCGAGCAGCAACGAGCCCUGCAGGAACACGCCCAGAAGAAAUUGAGUGGCGCCUCCGACUCGCAGAACGAGCAUGCCUCCGAAUCCGAACGCGGCAGUCGAGACGAAGCACCCAAGGUCGAGAAGGCUGGCAAGGUCGAGCUCACCGAAGAUGAUUGUUACGAGGCGCUCGGCUUCUGCUUUCCCUUUUGGAAGAAGUGGCUGAUCCUCACCGUCAUCUUCAUGGUGCAGAUGUCCAUGAACUUCAACUCCGGUGUCUAUGCCAACGCCGUGCCCGGUCUGACGGAGGAAUUCCAUAUCAGCGAGCAAGCGGCGCGGGUGGGACAAUGCGUGUUCUUGGUCGCGUACGCCUUUGGCUGUGAGCUGUGGGCCCCCUGGUCCGAGGAGUUCGGCCGUUGGCCCAUCAUGCAGCUGUCGCUGCUUCUGGUGAACAUCUGGCAGAUUCCCUGCGCUGUUGCCCCCAAUUAUGGAACCAUUGUCGGGAUGACGGCGGAUAUGUGGGAGGCGGAUGACCAAGGAUUCGCCGUCGCCUUCGUGGUGCUGUCGUCGGUCGGUGGAUCGACGAUCGGACCUUUCUUUGGAGGGUUCAUCGGCCAGUAUCUUCACUGGCCUUGGGUCUUCUGGGUCCAGUUGAUCUUUGGAGGAUUCACCCAGGCGCUGCACUUUUUCCUCGUCCCUGAAACCCGUUCGACUAUCUUGAUCGACCGGGAGGCGAAGCGGCGACGCAAGAGCGGCGAGGAGGUCUAUGGCCCCAAUGAGAUGAAGGAGAAACGCCUCGAUGUCAAGGAGGUCCUUCACAUCUGGAAGCGUCCCUUCGAGAUGUUCCUCCGGGAACCCAUUGUCCUCUGUCUGUCCCUGCUCUCGGGUUUCUCCGAUGCCUUGAUCUUCGUUUUCACCGAGUCGUUCACCCUGGUCUUCGGGCAGUGGAAUAUGAGCACGCUGGCCGUUGGAAUGACCUUUGGUUCCAUUCUCAUCGGCUAUAUUAUCGCAUACUUCAUUUUCCUCCCCGAUGUCUACCGGCAAAUCCAGAUCCGGAGAAAAGAAGGCGCUGCAAGCCGAUUCGCGGAGCGCCGUCUGUUACUCCUGCUCUUCAUUGCCCCCCUCGAACCCAUCGGUCUCCUCGGCUUUGCCUGGACGACCAUGGGCCCCCCUUAUCCCAUGGAUCGCUCCCCUGAUCUUCGCCUGCCUGAUCGCGAUGGCGAAUUACGCCAUCUACAUGGCGACAAUCGACUACAUGACUUCCUGGCUGGCGUCGCUACCAUGUACGCGACGCCCAUGUACACCAACAUUGGCGAGAAGUACCACCUCCAGUGGGCCAGUACGAUCCUGGGCAUCGUGGGAUUCAUGGUCAUGGUCCCGCUCUAUGUCUUUUACUGGAAGGGUCCGGAGAUCCGCAAGAGGAGCAAGUUUGCCCAGCAACUCGCAGCGGAUCGCGAGCACAAUUACGAGCGUCGGCAGAGUAAUAUCGCGUCUCGUCGACAAAGUCUCGCUGCGUCCCGUCGACAGAGCCAGGUGGCGUCCCGCCGACAGAGCCAGGUUGCGCCGCCUUAUCGUCGGGUAAGCCACAUAGGUCGGGAUGUGUAUGACCAGGCUUAA